AAUCAACCGGUUUGGGGACAACUAACAAGCUUCUAGUGAGUCAAGAUGCGCGUUCUACUUGUACUUCCCUUCCUGGUAGCGCUAGCGGCUGGUGCUACGUUGGAUUUCAAUCACUACUGGACCGCCAAUGAGAUCGAUGCGUACCUUGACGAACUAGCAGCUGAAUACCCGACGCUGGCGAGCACCGUUAAUGUCGGCACCAGUAGCGAAGGUCGCCGUAUUCGUGGCCUGCGCGUCAACAAGAACAACAACAACAACCGUCCGCUAGUGAUCGUCGAGGGUGGACUGAGGGGCCGCGAAUGGAUCUCGCCGAUGUCGAUUAACUACAUGAUGCACGAGAUCGUCGAGCAUUACUACGAGUUCGAGGAGAUUCUGGAUAAUGUGAACUUCCUUUUCGUUCCGCUCGUUAACCCGGACGGCUAUGAGUUUUCGCGCACAUCCGGAAACCGUCUCUGGCUCAAGUCACGCAGCGUCAACGGUAAUGGGUGCUUCGGAGUUGAUCUGAACCGCAACUUUGGUCACCUGUGGAACACUGUCGGGGGAAGCACGGAUCCCUGCUCUGACUCGUUCGUUGGUACGGCGGCAUUCUCGGCACCGGAAACCGCGGCCCUGCGCGAUCUAAUCCAAGCCAAUUCCGCCAACCUGGCCCUCUACCUGAGCGUCCAAUCGGCGGAUCAUAUGGUCCUUUAUCCCUUCUCGCACAGUGCCACCACCAAUCCGGCUAACGUGGCCGAGUUGCGCACCCUCGCGAACGAUGUAGCCCGAACGCUCAUCAACCAAAAUGGACGCAUCUUCACGUCCGGUGGAGCUGGACUGCUGCAGGCGGCCGCUUCUGGUAGCAGCAUCGACUUUGUGGCCGGUACCUUCCAGCCACGGCUUGUCUUCACGAUUGAAACGGCUGGCGCUGGUAGCUACGGCUAUGACGUGCCCGAGUCACAGAUGGCGGAAAUACUUAGCGAGACAACCUACGGCUUCCUGACGCUGGCCGAGUACGUUGCCCGCAACUAA